AUGCCACUGCUAUGCCCAACAGACCCACUGCAUGCCACCGCCACUGCUAUGCCACCAACAGAUACCACCGCUAUGCCAUCAACAGAUGCCACCGCUAUGUCAUCAACAGACGCCACUGCUAUGCCACCAACAGACGCCACUGCUAUGCCACCAACAGACGCCACUGCUAUGCCACCAACAGAUGCCACCGCUAUGCCAUCAACAGAUGCCACCGCUAUGUCAUCAACAGAUGCCACUGCUAUGCCAUCAACAGACGCCACUGCUAUGCCACCAACAGACGCCACCGCUCAUCAACAGACGCCACCGCUAUGUCACCAACAGACGCCAAUGUCAUCAACAGACGCCACCGCUAUGCCAUCAACAGACGCCACCGCUAUGCCAUCUAUCUGCUAUGCCGCCAGCGAACACCACUGCUAUGCCGCCAGCGAACACCACUGCUAUAGCUAUACACACUGCUAUGCCGCCAGCAAACACCACUGCUAUGCCGCCAGCAAACACCACUGCUAUGCCGCCAGCAAACACCACUGCUAUACUGCCAGCAAACACCACUGCUAUGCCGCAGCAAAACACCACUGCUAUGCCGCCAGCAAACACCACUGCUAUGCCGCAGCAAACACCACUGCUAUGCCGCCAGCAAACACACUGCUAUCGCCAGCAAACACCACUGCUAUGCCGCCAGCAAACACCACUGCUAUCCACUGCUAUGCCGCAGCAAAACCACUGCUACCACUGCUAUGCCGCCAGCAAACACCACUGCUAUGCCGCCAGCAAACACCACUGCUGCCGCCAGCAACACCACUGCUGCAAACACCACUGCUAUGCCGCCAGCGAACACCACUGCUAUGCAUGCCGCCAGCAAACACCACUGCUAAGCACCACUGCUAUGCGCCAGCAAACGCCACUGCUAUGCCGCCAGCGAACACCACUGCUAUGCCGCCAGCGAACACCACUGCUAUGCCGCCAGCGAACACCACUGCUAUGCCGCCAGCGAACACCACUGCUAUGCCCAGCGAACACCACUGCUAUCCGCCAGCAAACACCACUGCUAUGCCGCCAGCGAACACCUCUGCUAUGCCGCCAGCAAACAUGCUAUGCCGCAGCGAACACCACUGCUAUGAACACCACUGCGAACACCACUGCUAUGCCGACAGCGAACACCACUGCUAUACUGCUAUCAUGCUAACAGCCACCACCGCUAUGCGCCAGCGCUAUGCUAUGCCGCCAGCGAACACCACUGCUAUGCCGCCAGCGAACACCACCGCUAUGCCGCCAGCAAACACCAAUGCUAUAUGCUAUGCCGCCAGCAAACACCACUGCUAUAUGCCGCCAGCAAAACACCACUGCUAUGCCGCCAGCGAUACUGCUAUGCCAGCAAACACCACUGCUAGCCCAGCAAACACCACUGCUAUGUGA